UCACCGGAACACAACACAUUCAUGGCAAUAUUCGUGUAUACUGGCACUUGAGAUUCAGAAUGACCACGAGCUGAUCUGAUAACAUGUCUGACUUAAUAUUAACACCGACGGACGAUGUAAAGUUUCUGGGCGACUCUCCGGAGCGCAGCAACAUCAGCGCUGCUCCGGAGCAUCCGCACUUGCAUUCAGGCAUCGUUAUCGCCACCGUUUACGCGCUCCUCAUUACUGCUGGACUAAUUGGUAAUGUGACGCUCAUUAGGACGUUUUGCAUCGUGAAAUCCAUGCGCAAUGUACCAAAUCUCUUAAUGUCGAGUCUCGCUCUCGGAGACGUGCUGCUGCUGGUCACCUGCGCGCCCGUAGAUGCCAGCAAGUUUCUAGCGGACGAGUGGCUUUUCGGGCGGAUAGGAUGUAAACUCAUCCCGUUCAUCCAGCUGACAUCGGUUGGAGUCUCGGUGUUCACGCUCACAGCGCUGGCAGCGGACAGAUACAAGGCCAUUGUCAAGCCAAUGGAUAUCCAGACAUCUAAAGCCUCGCUGAAGGUCUGCCUUAGGGCUGUGUCAAUCUGGCUGCUCUCCAUGAUCCUGGCCAUUCCUGAGGUGGUGUUCUCUGAUCUACACUCCUUUCACAUCCCAGAAACCAAUGAGACUUUUAAAGCAUGUGCUCCGUACCCUCACGCCGGAGACCUGCACCCCAAAAUCCAUUCCAUGGCCUCCUUCCUUAUUCUGUACAUCAUUCCUCUCUUCAUUAUUUCUGUGUACUACAUCUUUAUUGCCAGGAGUCUGAUUCAGAGUGCGAUUAACAUGCCUGUGGAGGGAAAUGCGCACAUUCUGAGGCAGAUUGAGUCACGGAUACGGCUUGCCAAGACAGUGCUGGUGUUUGUGGGUCUCUUUGCCAUCUGCUGGCUUCCGAACCAUGUGAUUUACCUCUACCGGUCCUACCAUUACACAGAAGUGGACACCUCAAUGGCCCAUUUCAUCUCCAGCGUGUGCGCACGUAUCCUUGCCUUCACCAACUCUUGUGUGAAUCCAUUUGCUCUCUACCUGCUCUGCAAAUCCUUUAGAAAGCAGUUCAACAAGCAGCUUUGCUGCUGUUGCCCGACCAUCUUGAUGCAUUCACAAAGCGCUAGGCGUAACAAUACACGACUGACUUCAAUCAAAAGUACCCAGAACCACUCUGUAGCCAGCUUCAGCCUUGUCAAUGGCAAUGUUGUCUGCCAUUAG